AUGUUUGACUCCACAAUUAUCACAAAGGUCUCUCUUCUAGCUCUAGCAGUUGGGGCAGCUUCUUUCGAUGAUGCCCCAAUAAAUCACUUGGCAAGACGGAAUUUGCAGCAGCGAAAUGUUGAUCUCAACGUCACAACUUGGAAGCCUGUUUCCUCUACGACUUCACGUACUGUCUCGAAGUCUUCACAUGCGAUGAGUCUUCAGAAGAUCAAAACAGGUCGUGCCAAUCCCCGUAGUGCGGCAUAUCUCUUGGGCUUGACUAGUAGAGCGACAAGUUCGGGAAGCAGCGUACUGACCUCUCUCGCUGAAGGCGAGGAAUAUGCCACAUCAAUUACUUUUGGCACCCAGACCUUUGAUGUUAUUGUCGAUACUGGAUCCAGUGAUACGUGGGUGGUCAAGGAAGGGUUCGAGUGUCUUGAUCUCGAUACUGGUAAGAAAGUGUCAACGUCUGAAUGUGAAUUUGGCUCGACAUACACUGUCGACAGUACAUUUUCGAAGAUCUCCGGUGAGGAGUUCGAAAUCGAGUAUGGAGAUGGUGAAUAUCUUUAUGGAUACAUGGGUACCGAGACUGUCAGUCUUGCCGACGUUACUGUCAAGCAGGAGGUGGCCGUUGUGACUGAGGCAGCAUGGGAAGGUGAUGGUACAACCUCUGGCUUAACUGGGCUGGCAUACCCUGCUUUGACAAGUGCCUAUUCCACCAAGACGGGGGACCAAGAGGAAUACAACCCCAUCUUCACCACCAUGUACGAGGAUGGCCUGAUCGAUUCAUAUUUCAGCCUCGCUAUUCUCCGUGAUGUUUCCGGCGAUGCAGGCUAUCUUACCCUGGGCGGCUUGCCUCCAAUCGAUUUCAACGAGACUUUCGCAACUACCGAUAUCCUGAUCACAUCAAUUGAUGGAUAUCCGAAGACGUAUGAUUUUUAUACAAUCAAUAUCGAUGCGGUCACUGUGGCUGGCAAGAGCGUUUCCGGUUCAGGGGGCUCUGACAUCCAAUAUAUUGUCGACUCUGGAACCACUUUGAACUAUUACCCUACUAGUAUUGCCAACGCCGUGAACGAUGCCUUUGAUCCCGCCGCCACAUACAGCUCUGAUGAAGGCGCCUACAUUGUAGACUGCGACGCAACUCCCCCGACUCACGGUAUUACCAUUAGCGGCACUACAUUCACAAUCAAUCCGCUUGACAUGAUCUUGUAUAUUGGUACCGAUGACGAUGGAAAUGCUGUUUGCAUCUCAGGUAUUUCCGACGGAGGAGAUGAUAGUUCUGAGGAUUUGUACAUUCUGGGCGAUACGUUCCAGAAAAAUGUGGUGACGGUAUUUGACGUUGGUGCUGUCGAGAUGAAGUUUGCUCCCAAUGAGGACUAUACUUCUAAUGACACGUAUUAG